AUGGUUUUACCCGUUGCCAACCCCACGAAAUCAUACUGGAUUGAAGCUGCGGAGUCUCCGCUGCGAGACUUUAGGUCUACUGAGGAGUUGCCGCAAGAAUGUGAUAUUGCAAUCGUUGGUAGCGGGUAUGCUGGUGCAUCGACUGCAUAUUGGAUUCAUAAGUACACCGAAAGCAGCGCAAAGAAACCCCAGAUGGUGAUGCUGGAGGCUCGUGAUAUCUGUGGAUCUGCUACUGGCCGUAAUGGCGGUCAACUAAGACCCCACGCAUACUCUCGAUAUCUUCCCUGGAAGGAGCGAUUCGGCGCGGAAGGUGCCAUCGAGUUGAUCCGCCACGAAAUGGCACAUCUAUCAGCUUUCAAAGAACUCGCCGAGCAGGAAGGCAUUACCGAGGAAGUGUGCUUGAAGUUUGGUGAGACUUUCGACGCUGCGAUGACUGAGGAGGCUUGGACGAGGCUUAGAGGCAAUUAUGAGGCCAUGAGGCAGGAUCAUGGCGAGGACGAUGAGUUUUUCAAGCUUAUCAAGCUCAUUGAGGAUGCUGCCGGUGCGGAGGAGUUCUCGCAGAUGAAGGGCGCUCUUGCUGCGAUUACGCAUCCGGCUGGGCAGAUCUGGCCUUACAAGUUCGUUCACGCAAUCCUCAGAAUAGUGCUUGAGGCUGGCAAUUUGAAUCUUCAAGCUCACACGCCCGCGAAAAGCAUUUCCGAGAGAGAUGCUAACGGCUGGAUCACUAUCACCACUGAUCGAGGAGAAUUGCGAGCCCGAACAGUUAUCCACACAACCAACAGAUGGGCUUCCCAUCUGCUCCCCGAGUUCAGCAAGCUCAUCCUGGGGGAAAGGGCCACACUCGCUGCUAUCAAGGCUCCCGAGGGAUUCAUUAAACAUACCGGUGCUCAACACUGGGAUCAAUCAGUGAACAACUACCACCUUCAACUACCUUCCCCUUAUAAUGCCGUCAUUCUCGGCGGAGGGAGACAAUAUACUGUCCACAUGCCAGAGGCUUGUUUCCCGAACGAUGAAGAAGAUAAGCAAGUCCCAGGAAUCGCCGACUUCUUCCAAUCUUGGCCAACCUCAGAUGUUGCGGACUGGCCGACUUCAAGUCUGCCAGAGCUUGCAAGGGAUGUUGAUGACGGUGGUUGCUGGACUGGAAUGGAAACAUCCGUAAUCGACUCCUUCCCCUUCGUGGGCCCCGUGCCCAACCGCGAAGGACAUUGGAUGGCUGCCGGUUUCGCUGGCCACGGGAUGCCUCGAAUCCUGCUCUCCGCAGCCCACAACGUCCCCAAGGUCCUUGAGGCGCUCAAAUUCGAACAGAAACCGCCUUCGCUGGUCGCGAAUUAUCCGCCCUUGCUGGCGCCCUUUCAUGCAACCCCGGAGCGGGUCGAGCGUUUGCUGAGAACUGCCGAUGUUGGUGCGCUGGCGAAGGCUUAUAAGGAGAAGUGUGAGAUGAGUGCGGUGAAGGCUUUUUGCUGUGAUGAGAGGAGUAAGCCGAAGAUAUGA